AGAAGAAGAAGAAGAGAAACGGUGGGAAAGGGUUGAAAGCGCUGAAAUCCCGUCACAGUUUUUCAGCUGCAAUGGGAAGGAUGUAGUCCCGAUUUAGCUGACUGUGUCGGGCAUGGGAAAGUGGAUUACUGCGUUUUCUGACACCCGUGGACCGCGUAGAGAGCUCGCGUUUGGAUUCUAACCAUGCCAAGUAUGGAAACCGCACCAUCACGCACGAGUUUAAAGCCACUGCAGGGAGUGCUCGAGAUGCAGCGUCGAGGCUAGAGGCAGCGGCCGAGUGAGCGCGAGGCAGCAGGGAAGCCCCUCUGGAUGAGCCAGUCACAGGCACCCAGCCGCACAGUACAGGAAUAUAACCACUUAAUAUGUCAACAGAGGCCGAGCUCCAGCCUGCUGCCAGACCCAGCGUCAAAAAGGAUUCCAAGAGGAGAGGGCAGGACCGCACUGAGGCAGCUCUGAUAAAGCGAUUUAAAGGGGAUGGUGUCCGCUACAAGGCCAAGCUCAUCGGCAUUGAUGAGGUCACUGCCGCAAGAGGAGACAAGCUCUGCCAGGACUCAAUGAUGAAGCUAAAGGGGAUCGCAGCUUCAGCACGCUCGAAAGGCGAACACAAGCAGAAGGUUUUUCUUACAGUGUCCUUCGGUGGGAUAAAGAUCUUCGAUGAAAAGUCAGGGGUUCUUCAGCACCACCAUGCAGUUCAUGAGAUUUCCUACAUUGCAAAGGAUAUCACGGACCACCGGGCUUUUGGCUACGUAUGCGGGAAAGAGGGGAACCACCGAUUUGUAGCCAUCAAAACGGCUCAGUCUGCUGAGCCGGUGAUCCUCGACCUCCGUGACCUUUUCCAGCUGAUCUACGAGAUCAAGCAGAGGGAAGAGAUUGAGAAAAAGGCUCAGAAAGACAAGCAGUGUGAACAAGCAGUUUACCAGGUCCCUACCAGUCAACAAAAGGAGGGAGUGUAUGACGUCCCAAAGCGACAUCCAAAUGAACAUAAUGGCCAGACCAAACUGCUGGAUCUAGAUGCUGAACUAGUGCUGUUCCCUCAGAAUAUUCACCAAUUAGAGCUUUUUGGAGACAUGUCUACUCCUCCUGAUAUAACCUCUCCCUCAACCCCUGCCUCUCCAGCUACGGUUCUAGACCCGACGCUGCUUCACCAGCCCCCCUCAGAGCUGUUUGCUGCAUUCAACCCUGCCUCUGUGCCUGCCUCAGGUUACGUGACAAUGGGAGCAGUGCCCCCGGGCUGGGCACAGCAGCAGUUCGCAGCCCAAGCACCGCUGGCAUUCGGAGUUCAGUCACCAGUUCCCAUGGCUCAGGUGUUACCUGGUGGGCAGCCGCUAAUUUGGGGCCAGGCCAACCUCUUCCCCGCCAUGCAGCAGCAGUGGGCAGCUAUGGCCGGAGCCCACUUCUCACCUGCUGCCUUUGUCCCUGCACAGACCAUGGGACCACUCCCAGCUGCAAUGUUCCAAGCACUGGCACCCAUGCAAAUGGCGGCAGCAUGUCCCACUGCUGGUCCUUCCCCAGGCACACCAACCGCAGGCACCUCAGCUUCCACGGCAUCUAGCCCUCAACAUGGCGAGCACUCAUUGCCUGGACAUACCAAGAUGAACAAGGAGAUGUUCAAGGACUUCCAGAUGGCCAAGCCGCCACCCGGAGGUACACGUAAGAGUGAGCAGCCCAGUCUGGCAUGCACCACAGACGCUUUUACUAGCUACUUCAGUAGGGUGGGACUGGCACAGGACAACGAUGACUGUGACGACUUUGACAUCUCCCAAAUGAACCUGACGCCCGUCACCUCCACCACACCCUCCACCAACUCACCACCCACACCAGCCCCUCACCAGAGCUCACCGUCUAAAGCGUCAUCGCAGGCCAGUGACCCGCCCACUGAUGACUCGUUCGGGGAAGCAGAAGGCAGCCCCAGCCGCAGCGGCGAGGAAGACGCUGGGAAGGACCCUCUCUACGCCAAGAUCUGCAAAGGGAAGAAGUGAAGGAUCAUGGGAGGACUGCACACAUCUGAACACUGCUCAGGGUGGAGCAAGAGACCAAACCCUUAGAGCGACUAUGGGUGUGGAUGUGGGUGUGUGUGUGUGGAUGUGGGUGUGGGCGCAUAUGUGUGUGUGAACAAGAGAACAAAAAUGUGAGUGAAAUGAAGAGAAAGAGAAGUGACGGGCUGAUGACUGUGUGUGUGUGUAUGUGUGUGUGGUUGCAUGAGAGUGAAUGGUAUUCAGAGCUCACCUGUGAUGGAUCACUCCAGCCUUCUUGACCUUCAGUCCCCCUCUGGUUCUCACUCUGUGUGGAGAAGUGCAGACUGGACGCUCCUCUCUUCUAUCUGUCCUUCCAUUGAGCUCUUUGUCGCACAGUGUUUCAUACACUCAUAAACUGAACAUGGAAUAUUAGAUACAGCUGAUGAUGAUGAUGAUGAUGAUGAUGAUGAUGAUGAUGAUCUUCACACUAUUGUUCACUAUGUGUCAUUCCUUUGAUCUCUGUUUCUGUCUCAAUCUCAUACCAUCUAGCCAAGGUAGUAUGAGUGCAAAGUCUGAGAGGUGCCACAUUCCACUGUACACACACACACACACACACACACACACACACACACACACACACAAAUAUACUCCCUCACUUAAGUGAGAGUUCAAGAAAUCAUUGCUUCAUGAUCCAGGCAUAAUCCCAGUCUCUGCACUGUCAUCUCUCUGCAUUGUCCAGGCCAGAGCAAUCGAUUACAGAGUAAUCCAUUUGAUCCAUCCAUAGGAUUAUGUGAUUUAUCCAUUUGGGUUUGUUUGGUUUUGCUCCCCGAUCUCUUUGAGAUUCUGCUGCUAGAGAGCUAUGCAGAAACGACAAAAAAGAGACUUCGUCUUUCUCUGUUUACCUUUCAGACAGAGAUCUGACUCAAGGAGUGACUUUGCCAAAAUCUCUUUCUUUUCUUUCUAUCUUUCUUUCUUUCUUUUUUUGCUGGAAAGACUUUUGAGCAGCUCAUACGGAGAAGACCUUGCGACGGAGCGGACGUUGCCAAAACAAGCUGUGUCUGUGAUCGAACUGUUCCUUCUCUAUAGCUUUUAUAUAAUACCAAUAAGACAAAAAACAAACAACACAAAAAAAAAAAAAAAAACGACAUUGAAAGCGGGAUUUUUAUUUUAUAAGUCAGUGGAGACCUUGAGGCCGACUUGAGACAUGUUUUAAGGAUAAACAAGGCUUUAAGGCAUCAGAUCAUUGGUUUGCCAAACUCAUUUUGUAAAUAACAGUAAUGCCAACAAUAAUGCUGAUGAUGAUGAUGAUGAUGAUAGAAAAAUGUUCAUUCUUUCUGCCGGACCUCUGUGCCAUAAAAUAGGCAGGCUUAAGUGAUGCAAGCUCAACAUGGAACCCAAGCAAUAUCUACAUGUGUCUAAAAUUCCCCUCUGUGAUUUACGUUGCUGUCGAACGUCUGUGCAUGUUUGGUUUACUUAAGUUGCGCACAUCUUUUGGAUACAACGAAGAAAAGCCGGUGGUUAAAAUACCUCAAGUGUCACAGCACGAGUCUCAUUUUUAUAUAUACUUCAAUACGAUAAUUGAACAAGUAUAGGCUUGACAGAGUUUCUUCAAAACCUAAUUUUUUUAAUUACUGGGUGUGAGUGAAAGUUAAAAGAACACAACUGAGCCUUAAACUCAUUCCAAAAGGAUACAGACUUUCCAAAAUACAUGGACUUGCAUUUCCUAAGAUACGUUUCCAAAGUGUAUGUUUUGGGUUUUUUUUCCACCAAAAAUCCUGUUACUGUAUUUAAAACUAAACAAGCAAAUAAAUAAAUAAAUAAAUAAAUAAAUAAAUAAAUAAAUAAAAAUAAUAAUAAUAAUUUGCAGUGCUGAUUACAGACUGGGUCACGUGCUCAUAACCUUGUGGUAUUUUAAUGCAGUCAGGUCUCAUUCUCAAGCUACCCUGCCAUGUGGGUUGCUAUUUAAAUUUUUUAUUUUUUUUAAUCCUUUGAUUUUAUAUGUCACCAGGCAUACCGGCGCAACCACUAAACAUGCAUGACCUCAUUCAUUUAUAUGUGCAUUCCCAAACACACACACCCAAACACACACACACACAUACACAUACUCAUAGUCAUGUUUAAAUUCACCUUAUUGACAAUUUCUUGAAAAUCGCCUUUGGCUUCACAUCCACCCAAAACUUCAAUUAAACCAAGAUCCCAAACUGCUAGUUACGUGUGUGAGUGUGAGCGAGACAGAGAGAGAGAGACAUGAGUAGCAAGUUCUCCUUGCAUUUCAUUCCACAUAAUGAUUAAUACUCCCUAUUUUAUGGCCAGUGUCCUGGUUUAAUCCGAGAGCCAUUUUGGCCCUUUAAAAGUUCAUAAACUCCACUUGGGAUAUAAUAAGAAGCUUGUGAAGCCAGGAGAAGAGACGGAGGAUCAUAAUGCUUUGACUAUGUUUCUAGACCUGUUUUAACUUUACCUCAGCUAAUGGUUUGUUAAUGUAAAAGAACGUCUUAUUUUUUAUCUCAGUGAAGAUGACAUUCUACAGUGGAUUUUUAGAUUUUUUUUUUUUUCCUCUUUGGUUUACAUAUCCCACCAAGUAAUACUGUACCAAUAAACACAUGAACAAAUUA